UUGCUAUUAUGUCUGGUCAUGGGAAGCGUGUUGCUUGCCCAUAGUUGUUUAAUUUCUUAAUUUUUUUAUACGAGCCAAAUGACCAUCACCAACGGAACCCUAUCCUGUCUUAGACGAGUGCGAGGAAUACCAGAGACAGAACUGUACGAUUUCUAUGCCCAAUACAGUAAACAUCACAAUCACAUGUACAGCUCGACACUACUUCCCAAAUGUAGAUCUCUUCUUCCUUCAUGGAUCUCAGAAGUAUGGGACUAAAGAUACAAAGGAAUGGAUAAAUUCAGAUGGAACAAAGAGCAAAUCAAUCUCCACUGAAGCCAAACCCAGUAGUACACCUUAUACAUGUGUAGCCUUCAAUAUUCCUGGAUCUCAAGAUCAAAGAACUGCUACCGUCUAUGUAAUGAGUCCGAAUGCAAACACCACAUCGAGUUCAACAAUUCCGCCAAUUAACAUAUCUAUCGUCAAAAUUGUGGUGCCAAUUUUAGUUGUAGCCUGUUUUGCAGCUGUAAUUAUGGUUGUCGUGCACAGAAGAAAACGCAGAGAAAGGACAGGGAAUGCCGAAUGGUCGCAAAAUAACGGCGAUCAUGAGAUGUCGCUAUUAGUCCCUCAACAAUUACAACUAACAGGAAAGAUCUCUUUCUACGAACUUUGGUGUCUGGUUUCAUGGAAUCAUCUUUUGGAAGAAGCGGACGCAGUGAAGUUACUUGGAACAUUGAAUAUUGACAGUACAAAAGGUUUGUCAAAACAUCAAAUAUACAGCAAGCUGUGUACCUGGAAGGAUAUGAUUGAUUCUUCAAAUGAAGCUGAAAGCUUGGAAAACGCUCUUAAGAAUGCAUUCGACCCCGACAUGGAAAAAUACCAACGAAUCUGGAAACGUCUCUGUGAAAACAGAAAAGAUACUUCAAAAUUAAUGACUAAAGAAAAUUUUGAGCAUAUUUUUUGGCAUAUCAAUGAUCGCGGACGAGUGGAAGAUUUUUUGGCUGAGCUGAAUCCAGGUCACGUGUCAUCAUCGGUUUUUAGUGAUGAAGUGACAAUGGGAGUUGCCGUACAAUCUGCAGUAAAUGAUCUGAUGGAGUGGAGUAACGGACCAUUGAAAGCUAAUCCUUUUGUUUUACUAAGCUUAGCCCUGGAGAAAACAAAAUGUGGAUCUGUAGACAGGACCUUCUUCAUAAUACCUGAUAAACUCAUUGAACCAUUCUCACCAAAUCCUGUACGAGGUAUCACCGAGAAGCUGAUACGGAGACAUUGUAUGAGGCUGACCAAGGGGGACAUCAAAGUCUAUCAAAUCGAUGGUAUCGAGCAAGAUACCAACAUUUUUGAUAUAUUCACAAUGAUCAUGGACUGGAUAAAUGAACAGGAAUGCAGUAAUUACGAGAAGAGAUGUAGACUCGAUGAUGCAUUUAUCAGAAUUGGCCGGUAUGAUCUACAAGAUUCUUUUGGAACCAUCACUUAUCGACGCAAUGAAGGUACACUUCAAGAACAUCCCCAUCCAAAAGCAGAACAGUUUGAUCAUGGAAGUCUGUAUGAUGAUGAUAUAAUUCAAUUUAUGGAAUAUGUCAAGUAUCUUCCACUGAAGAAGAAAGAGGAGUUUUAUGACAGAAUUAAAUUUGAUUACAAUGAGGAUGGAUCCCAUGACAAGAGCUGUUUAGUGGAGAAACUGAAGGAAUUCAGAGACACCAUCUUGCAAAAUAGGACAGAGAACGAGGCACUUCAAGAAUUUACAUCUCUUCGGCAAGAAACUAUUAAGAACACAAUGUACAGUGACAAUUGUGUGACGGAUGAGGAGAUAGAGGAUAUUGACAAACUGGUUAUAGCGACAGCCACUGUUGAAGAAUUCCUCAAAAAGGUAGACAGAAUCGAAGUCGGGCGGGAACAGUCGUCUAUUAAUAAAGUGCUGAAAGACUGGAGACAUUUUGAAUAUUAUAUCAAAUUCACGGCAGAACUUCGCGAUAAGCUACGAAAGAUCCUCGGUGAACUUUGUUUUGAUGAAUGUAUCGUAGGCAAGACAGCUCAGAAAUCCGUCAAUCAAGUAGAAUUAGCUGACGUGGCUUUCAACUUAGUGAUGAAAGAUGUUCUUCCUCUGAUAAAAGAGCUGUCACUGAAACAACAGAAGGUCCAGGAGUACAUCGUGGUUAAACCGAAGCCGGUCGAAAAAGGGGGAAUCUUUUGUUUGGUUCUUCAGCUCAUGGAGAGGGAAUAUACUGGAAUCAUGGGAAUGGAACGGGAUCGAACUGAUUUCUGUAAAGCCCUGAAUGAUGCAGGUUUAAUUGAUGUCGCUCGUUCAGUAUGCCUAGAAUAUGAACUCAGCUUGACCGAAUUAAUCAACAUCGCGACAUACAUCGGGAAUGACAAAAUGGAUUGCUUUCUGAAACAUCUUGGGUUCAAGGAGGAAGAGUUGAAAGGAUGUCUUGAUGAAGAAGGAGAUAUAGACCGUGUUAAGACCAUGGUACUUUGGAAGCAUCAUAUCUAUCCUGUUCCUUAUCCUUACCGAAAUAAACUUGUUGCUGCUCUGAUGGCUGCUGAACAAGGAGAACUCGCAAAUGAAGUAUUAUCAGGUCGUCGUCAAAGCAAGAAACCAAAUCCAGUCGCUCUUCACAAUAUUUUCUGCAGAUUGAAUGAAGAAAUGAUUUCCAAGUUGGCUGGUCUUCUUCAGGUAGGUACACCUGGAAACCGUGACAUCAAGUAUACGAUAUCACUAUUGAUCAACUGGGUGACAGAAUGGAUGGACAAGUUUGAUCCAAAUGAUACCAGUUUCUUGUCAAAUCCUAUGAAAGAACGUAAGAAGGUGAAUGACAUGCUUUUCACAAACGGAUUCUACGAGCUUGCCAAGGAAAUCAUGUUAUUAGAGAGAUGCCAUCAACAUUCUUCUUUUCUUUUCUCUAAUUCUUAGUGAUGUCAAAGAUUGCAGACAGACUCCAAAAUCGAAAUGUAAAGUGGUCUACUCUUAAUCUACAGUCAGACGGACUACUUUCUGUUCACGAUGGCACCGUUCGCUUAUUAUGAGAAGACACAGCUUUUACCUUAAUAAUGAAUAAUAAGUAUGUCCAUUUAUAUAGCGCAGUCAUGCGCAUAUACUCAACUGCGCUUUGAUACUUGGCAUCAGUACCCUGGCAGUAGCUGAGCCGCCAUAUCAAUACGCGCUAAAACGUUAAAGGAAUGAAUCCUACCGGGUACCAAUUUACUUCACCUGGGUCGAGUGCAGCACAAUGUGGAUAAAUUUCUUGCCGAAGAAAAUUACGCCAUGGCUGGGAUUCGAACCCACGACCCACUGUAUCAAAGUCCGGAAACUAAUCCACUGGGCCACAACGCCCCUUGCUUAACAUGAGUAUGUUACAGAUGUAUACCAUACGUUUAUACAACUUUUCAAUCCUCAUGCAAAUGCAGAUGAUUAUAAUAAAAGAAAAUAUGGUAACUUCGAUACCGUUGAUAAUGAUGAUACCGCUGAUAAUGAUAAAAACUAUAAUGAUAAUAUAAAUUAUGAUACAGAAAAAAAUAUGACCAUGAUGAUGGUAAUAAAAUGACUGAGAGAAGAAAAAAUCCUGUGGUAUUUUUAUUAAAGAAACACAUUGACUUUUCUAAUCAGGAGAAGACAAUUGAAUACAUUACAAAAAUAUACGAUCAUGACGAUGGUCUUUGUAUUCGUUGAAUUGGGCGCCUUCGAUAGAUCCAUAAAUACUCCAAUUUUUUUUAGAGAAAGAAAUCAGAAUAGUGAAUGAUAAGAUUGCGUAAUCAGUUGAGUGAUUCUGUCUAAAAUCAUACAUUGAUUAAGAAUAUGCAGCUUAUUAGUAUCAAUAAGGUAUGAUCGUUUAUAAUAGUGCGUAUCAAUAAAAACUUUACACUUUUAAAAGCUCCAGGCAAUUGUAAAAAAAGUACAACGUGGAUGUUAUUUUUUACGAUUUAUUUUUUUCUGAUACAUUCUUGGGAUUCGAUCUCUUCCAUGAGAUGACAGUAUGAUUAUUGGCAAAAUAUUACGUUGAGUGAGCCUUGCCGACUUUUGUAAAGCUUGCAAGAGCAGUGAAAUGUUUAAUGUUGGGAAAAAUCAAUCAAGUGUCAAUAUUUCACAUUUGUGUUACAUGCCUAUAUGAUCGAAAUUAAAAAAAAAAAGAAUAAUGGUUGAAAAAAAAUCUCAGUGACCACAGACCACUACGAGUUUGCAAGACUGAAAUGUUAGAUAUUCACAUUAUUAAAAAAGCUUUAGACGGGCUUCAACAAUAAUAUAUUGUCCAUAUUUGUUUUCAUGAUUUCUAGAAGUUUUUGUCUGCGUUUCUAUCGAUUAAUCACCACAGUUGGUAAACAAAAAUCCAUACAAGAUCAGCCAUAAAAUGUGACAGUGCUAUGCAAUUAGAUUUAAAGUUGCAAAUAUAUAUUACUCGGUCUGCAUCUUUUCCCGAAAAUUUGCACCUUUCUCAUGUUUCUUGCUCAGUUGCAGCCUAUUUCUUAGUCGUUAGUGUGAAGUGCUUCCUUUAUGUCCGAUUUGGUGAUCCAGGACCCUUGAUUCGAUUCCGGGUGAAGGAUUUUAAUAUAUCGCCCUUUAUUCUUACCAUCUUUUAUGACAAAUACGUGAUAUAUUUUUUUAUCGUAAACCUGUAUUAGUGUGCAUCUGUGUUUUCUUUUUUAUGUAUGAACCUUUUGUAAACACAUAUUGGCUGCCGUAUGUGUAUUGUUAAAUAAAUUAUGGAUAUAAUAUUGCAAAUUAUUAUAUAUUUCUUUACGGAGAAAGAUUUUUUUAUCCAAGUAUUCGCAUUCAUGUAUUCCAUUCACAUUAUAUUUUGUCGGUUUCCCCCGAUAUAUCAAUGUAAUUAUUUACCCAAAAGUGAGACAAACUAUUUUCAUAAUCUUUGAUGUCUUCCGGCCAUAAUGAAUAGGGAUUGACAGACCAUCACCUGAUUCGUCCUCUUGACGAAUUGAAUUUCUGUAACUCAGUAUAGUGUUGUAGUUAUGGUAUUUAGUUGUUUAGGUUGAAAAAUUGUUAUCUG